AUGAACUCGAUUCUGUCCACCUUCACGCCCGAUGCUUCGGGAACACCUCCCAAGCAGGUGGAUUAUAUCCCAUGGCUUACUCUCAACGAUGGCAAGAUGAUUCCCAUGCUCGGAUAUGGCCUGGGUACUGCCAAUUACAAGGCUGGCGGGGCCAGCUUUGACGAGAAGAUCGUCGACAACACCGUCAUGGCGAUCAAGGCCGGAUACCAUCAUCUCGAUGGCGCCGAAGUAUACGGAAAUGAAGAAGAACUCGGCGCAGCCAUCAAAAAGGCCGGCGUGCCAAGAGAGAAGCUCUACGUCACCGCCAAAAUCAGCGGUACCAAGAAGCAGGACACCGAAGAAGCCUUCGCCACCUCGCUGAAGAAGCUCGACCUCGAGUACGUGGACCUCUACCUCAUCCACGCGCCCUUCUUCGCCGACUCGGACGAGGAGCUGCAGCAAAAGUGGGCGGAUCUCGAGGCCAUUCAGGCCAGCGGCCGCGCCAAGAGCAUCGGGCUCUCCAACUUCUUGCAGCCGCAAAUCGAGGCAAUCUUGAAGACGGCCAAGGUCGUGCCUGCUAUUAACCAGAUCGAGUUCCACCCUCACCUGCAGCACGGCGACCUGCUGCAGUUCCACCGCGAUAACAAUAUUGCCGUGUCUUGUUAUGCUCCGCUAACGCCCAUUACUUCGGACGUUGAUUCACCCGUCAGAACCAUCUGGGCCAACUUGUCCAAGAAAUACGGCGUGAGCGACUCUGUUAUCGGACUCCGCUGGUGCAUCGAUCAGGGUCUGAUUGUCAUCACCACGUCUUCCAAGGAGGAGAGACUGCAGAGCUACCUGAACCAUAUCCCCGCCAUCAAGCUGACCCCCCGCGAGGUGAGUGAGAUUGCCGAGGCUGGCAAGACCAAGCACGUUCGCGGGUUCUGGAAGAACAAGUUCGACGCUGAUGAUACCCGAUGA